AUUAAAUGUCAUUUAAAUAUGAACUGCACUACAACUGCCGCUGCUGUCAAACUCAAUUAAAAGUGAUCCCGGGUAUUUGUUAUGCUAAAUAUGUAAAAACUGAGAAUAUUGGUGAAAUCAAUUAAAAACUUUACUUGAAGCGAAAGUAGGGGUUUGCAUUGAAAGAUGCAUAGUUCGGAAGUUCGAGAUGACAGCAAUAUUCCCGAGUUGGUACUAAAGCUUUGCAAGUACUUAGCUCCUGAUAGUGGAUUAUUGCAAUCCAAGCUAACGGGCAUCGCUUUUCAGUGGCUCACUCAGUCCUCUAACAAUCAGGAAAACGUCCUCAGUGAUGAACCACUUGUCGUGAACAAUAUUCACGAACUGUUGAGUUCGAGAUCAUCAAAGGAUGUGGAAAAUUUUGAUUUGUUGUAUAGUAGCCUUAGCAAGUCGGGGAUUAUAAGAGAUCGAACUACUCUGUUGAGUUUUUUAUAUAGAAUCUCGUUGGCACACCAUGAACGGCCUUUGCGUUCCCUCUGUUGCAAGCUAGACAAACUACAUAUGAAAGAGUUGCGCGGAAGCAAGGCAUCAGUACAGAGAAGCGUAAAUAAUCUGUCUUCCAUCGAUUCAAAUAGUGUUCGACAUAUUUUUGAACGAAAUGAUCGCAAAUUUACUGAAACAACAACAGCUUCAACAUUGGCUCGAGCGAACUCACAAGCUACGACAAUUUCAUCAGCAGCUUGGUCUCAUCAUGACAUUCCCUCUUCAUCUAAGGCUAGUAUUUGCUAUCCUGUAACUGAACAGGAAUUAUUACACGAUGUUAUUUACAGCCUGCAAGGUAUUCAGGGCAAAUUUCUCAGAAAAAACCUCUCUGGCUUUGGAUACAAACUGGAUCCAAAAACAAGUAAGCCCUUAUCACAUAUUCAAAGAAGUUUACUAGAAAGGAUAGUGGGUACUGGUUUGCUACACAAUCAAUUGAGGCAGUUUUGCGAGGAACACGAAAAGCAAAGCGGAUUGAUUUGCCAAGCCUUUAUUGCUACCUUAAAUAACGAAUUGUCUGAAUAUUAUAAAAUUAUAGCAAUAUUGCAACCAAAUUCAGAGAUGACUCUCAGGAGAGUGCUUUUCAUAUUGCAAGAUCAUAGAACUCGAUUUGAAUGGUUGGCUCAUAUCGCCGAACAUUGUAAUGAUCCCAAGGGAGGCGCAUUGAUCACUGCAGUUCACGGAUUUCUGCAGCAUGGGUCCAAAGUGGUUCAAGAAGUAACGCGAAAAGUACUCGAAGCUGUCUGCAAUCCUUUGUACAUUAUGCUAUCACGAUGGUUACUAGAUGGGGAAAUAAAUGACCCUUGCAAUGAAUUUUUUAUAGAAGCAAAGCACGUGAUACUGGCGGAAAGGCUUUGGCAUGAUAAGUACAUCGUUAGAAAGUCUAUGGUUCCAUCAUUCAUGAGCAUGAAACAGGCGAAACAAAUUUUAGCUAGUGGAAAAAGUAUAAACUUUUUGAAGCAGGUAUGCAAAGAUGGUGGCCAACUACCGGGUCGUGAAGCAUUACAAAAGCUAUUCAAUACUACAUCUGCUGACGCCUUAUUCGCACCAGAACAAAGCAUUGAAUUUCAUCUCACUCUGGAGACAGUCUAUAAAGAAACGUCUUUCCGAGUUUUAGAUUUGUUAAAGAAUAAAUAUAAUAUAUAUGAACAUCUGCAGUCUCUAAGAAGAUACUUACUUCUUGGACAAGGAGAUUUUAUAAGACACCUGUUAGAAUUGCUUACUCCAGAACUAAAUAAGCCUGCAGACGCCAUUUAUGGACAUACGUUAUCAGCUAUCUUAGAAUCAGCAAUAAGAGUCACUAACGCCCAAUACGAAGAUGAGGAUACUCUGAAAAGGCUCAACAUCAGUUUUAUGAGUCAUUCGAUAGGUGACGUGGGCUGGGAUGUGUUCAGCUUGGUCUACAACGUCGACGGCCCUAUUGGCACUAUUUUCCAAACUACAAUGCCAACUUAUCAAAGUUUAUUUGGUGCCUUAUGGAAAGCGAAGAGAACGGAAUAUGUAUUAGCCAAUAUGAGACGACAGCAGAUUUCGAUGGCAAAGCUUUUCCGGAAAGUCAGGGAGCUGAAUCCUGUAAUGCAUAUUAUUCAUAUUCUGACCAGCAAGAUGAUUCAUUUUAUUCAUCAGACCCAGUAUUAUUUCUUAUUUGAAGUAUUGGAGUGCUCUUGGGCUGAACUUCAGACCCAGUUCAACAAAGCUGAAUGUCUCGACGAUAUUAUCAUGGGACACAAUAGUUUUUUGGAGUCAAUUCAAAGAGGCGUUUUGAUAGACACUGAAUCUCGACAACUAUUUUCACACUUGAUUUCCAUCUACAAUUUUGUUGUGAAUUUGGAAAGCCAUCAGGAAGCCAUAUAUGAAGCAGCUAGUUGCGAAUAUGAGGCGUUUAUGGCGUACAAAAGAAAAACAGAAGAUACCGAACGUUUUGAAAUCACAAACGAGCUGGAAGCUGCAGCAAAAUUGAGAAUUAGCAAGUUUCAUCAGUUUCUAAAUACUACAAGACUUAAAGUGAAAUCAACAGUGCAAACGUAUGAUAUAAUAGUAACCAAAUUUUUAGAACUUCUCGCUUGCAGUUCAAAUAUGAAACUUCAGUUACUUAGCGUCAGGCUUAGCUUUAACAAUUUUUAUAAAUUGUCAUGUUGAUACAAAUAAUGUCCAGUUAGAGUUAGAGUUAAUAGAAUCAAAUUAGCAUGUAACAUCACAGAUAGUUACAGAAUUAACUCUAUUCAGUUUAUUUUUUUAAAUAUUUUUCUUACAGAAAUAAAUUAUAUUGUUCUUAACUCGUUAAUAGAAUGCAUUUUAAUAUCA